AUGUCGGAGAGAAUGAAUAGUCGACUGCAGGACCAACCUCCGGCGUACCUGACUAUGGACGAGACGGGGCGAUUGGCUGAUAACUGGAAUCUUUGGCGAACACAGUAUGAAGAUUUUCGUUCAAUGACAGCAAUGGACCGCGAAUCCAGUCCCGUACAAUUGGCUUUGUUCUGUCACACGAUUAGUCCGGCUGCUCUGCGUGUCGUAAAUGGAUUCACUUACAGUCCGGAUGAGGACGGGGGAGAUUGGUAG